AUGACAGUUAUUUUUAAAGUUGUAGGUGAAGAGAAUUACCAGUCCCCUGCUAAUAAUGAUUCUCUGAGGAUAAAUUGGACAAGGGAAAUGGACCGUUAUUUUAUUGACCUUAUGUUAGAACAGUUGCACAGAGGGAAUAAGAUUGGUCGUACGUACGAUGCUCAAGCUUGGACCUGGAUGAAUGCAACAUUUAGUAAAAAAUUUGGAUUCCUUUGUGAUAAAGAUGUACUAGAAGAUCGGUAUUGGAGUUUGAGGAAAGAGUAUACGGACAUCACAGAUACCCUGAAUCAUAAUGGCUUUGCUUGGGAUGGAAUUCACCAAACAAUGACAGCUGAUGAUGAUGUUUGGGAAGCUUAUAUCAAGGAUCAUCCAGAUGCAGUUACAUACAGAUAUAAGAUCUUGGAUGAUUAUUGUGAUUUGUGCUUGAUUUAUGGUAAUGAAAGUCAGCAUAGUAGAUCAAGUUAUUUCGAUGUAAAAAUGGAGAUCAACACCAACACCCUGGGGAUGGGGAUUGACGAUAUAAUUGGAGAUACACAAUCUCCAAUUAUGGAGUUAGAAAUAUCUCAUCUGAGAAGAAAGCGAAAAUCUGCUUCUUCAUCAACCUCAGGAUGUAUCCAAAAAGUUCGGAGAACCAUCAAGAAAGAGACACAAGAGGCAGUUGAGGGGAAGCCAUGUGUAGUAAAAACAUAUUUGGGUACUGAGGAAGACAAAGACUACAGCUCAAUAGAAUGUAUAGUUGCAGCACUUCAAACCGUUCCUGACAUGGAUGAUGAGAUCUUCUUGGAGGCUUGUGAACUUUUAGAAGAUGAGAGAAAGGCCAAGAUGUUCGUGGCCAUGGAUGUCACAGCACGGAGGAAGUGGUUAUUGAAAAAGCUUAGACGGUAG